AUGGGAAUUUUUUUUAGUAGGAAAAAAACUAGAAUAACUGAACAAGAUAAGGCCAUACUACAAUUAAAGCAGCAAAGGGAUAAACUUAGGCAGUACCAAAAAAAAAUUGAAAAUAAUUUAGGUAGAGACAGAGAAUUGGCCAAAACAUUGAUUCAGAAUGGAAGAAAAGAGAGAGCAUUGUCACUUUUACGAAAAAAAAGAUUCCAAGAAGAGCAAUUAAACAAAUUAGAUAAAAUGUUGGAAAACAUUGAAAAGAUGACAACAGAUUUAGAGUUUACUCAGGUUGAAAUGAAUGUUAUAGAAGGCUUAAAAGCUGGUAAUGUAGCUCUUAAAAAGUUACAUGAAAUUAUUAGUGUGGAUGAUGUUGAAAGAAUAAUGGAUGAAACAAGAGACGGAAUUGAAAAACAACAAGAAAUAGAUAAUUUAUUACAUGGAGCAUUGACUGAAGAAGAUGAAGAAGCUGUUUUAGAUGAAUUAAAUGAAAUUUUAAGCGGAAGCGAAGAAACUACUGGAAUAGUUAAUAAACUGGAUAAUUUGCCUGAAGUGCCUGAGUCAUUAGAAACAGAGGAAGAAGAAGAAGAAGAAGAAGAAGAAGCAGCAGCAGCAGAACCUGUAGAAAGAAAAAAAAUAAAAAAAAACAACAGGAGAGAAAAAAUUGCUCUCGAAGGUUAA